UGACUCGACGAAUCCAGCAGACUCUCGUUAGAGUUACAGCUGCUAAUGCUAAUAGUAUAUAUUUAUAUAUAUACAUCUAUAUAUAUUUUGGUCAUAAUAUAUACUCGUACUGAUUCACGAUUCACAUUAGUGGAUAACUUUUAUAUACAUUGAUAAAUGUAAAGAUACAACUAGUAAGUGUCCCUGGGAUGUCUAGUGUAUACUUAUCGUUAUUUUACAACGCAGUACACGGCAAGAGUUAUCCUAAAAUUUUUUCAAUUAAAAAAUAAUGUAAACUUCAGUUUAUCCAAUGUCUGGUGAAUAAAUAAAAUAUUCUAACUCAGUCAUAUGCACAUCAAGUUAAAUGAACCAUCACGUAAGGACAGUCAUUGAUAAAAAAAUCAACAAUAUUUCGUGUUUUAUUUAUUAUGUCAGUAAAUAAUCGCUAUGAAUUAAUUAAUUAUCAGAGUUAGUUUAAUUAAAUUGACAUAAUUUAUCAAAAAUAUUAAGCUAUUUGUAUUUAUCCAAACUACGAAACAGAGUAGUAAAUAAAGUGACACAGAUUCACAUCAAUGAAUUACUGAAGAUCCACUUCGAUGAGCUUAUCACGUGAUCAAAGUUGGCAGACUCCACGAUCUGGUGAACUCGAAAAAUUACACGUACGAUCUCACCUAACCUGAUUAUUCCGUUGAGUAAAUGAGACGGUAAAUGUUGAUACAAAUAUUGGAGAGAGUUGUCUUCUAGAGAAAUUUAUUUGUAAUAAUAAAUUUACUACCGAUAAAAAAAUCUAAAGUUUUCAUUCCAAGGUUGAGAAAUUUGUUGGAAGAUCAAGAAUACUUGUGAGUGGUAAAUAAAAAAGAAUCCAGCUUUUCUUAUUUGGAAAGACCUACUUACGCUAAAAAGGAAAAAUUCAGAUAGUUCCCUGGUGUGUGAAUAUUCCAAUACUACAAUAAAUAAUAAUUACCAGAAGUUACUCAAGAAAUAUUAACCAAGGUUCCAAUAUUUAAAAAUAAAAAACAAAAUCCGCCAUCAUGAUUAUAGACGAUAAAUUAGAAAUGGAGAGUUUCUGGAUCAGUGGAGUCAUCACUGCGUUGAAAGCGCUUUCAUAUGUCUACGAUUUGUUGACCUUCCCAGUCUAUCUUUUCCUUCAACGGCCAUGGGAGAAGAGAAAACUAUCGCGAAAAGUUCGCGCGAAAUCUAUUUACAAAGAUGAAACAUCAAUUGUCUACAGAAAUGUUGAUCAACCAGGGCCUAUGCAUGCUGCUUUAGAACGGCUUGGAAUAAAUACUGUCGAUAAAGUUUUACGUUAUGCUACUGAGAUUCAUGGAGAUAAACAAUGCUUGGGUACGAGACAGAUACUCGGUGAAGAAAAUGAACUUCAACCCAAUGGCAGGGUUUUCAAAAAGUACAAUAUGGGCGAUUAUAAAUGGAAGAGUUAUAAAGAAGUCGAAAGAUUGGUAACGUCAUUCGGAAAAGGAUUGCAAGAACGUGGACUGACACAACGAAAGAAUAUCGUUAUUUUCGCAGAAACCCGAGCUGAGUGGAUGAUUGCAGCUCAUGGAUGUUUUAAGCAAAAUUUAUCUAUAGUCACUAUUUACGCGACUUUGGGAGAUGAAGCUAUUGCACACGGAAUAAAUGAAACUGAAGUGGAUACAGUGAUUACCAGUCACGAACUCUUGCCUAAAUUCCGUAAUUUAUUGUCAAUGACACCCGAAGUAAAGUGCAUUAUUUACAUGGAAGACCAGUUAGUCCCGACAGACACAACUGGGUUCAAAGAAGGAGUAAGUUUAUUGCCGUUUUCAGAUGUGAUUAAAAUAGGUAAUUCGUCCACUAUUGAGUCUGUUGCCCCGCAACCAGACGACACAGCCAUCAUAAUGUACACAUCUGGAUCGACUGGUGUGCCCAAAGGUGUAAUAUUGACGCACAAAAAUAUCGUUGCUAAUAUUAAAGCAUCUUGCAGCGCUUGUGUGACUAGACCAGAUGAUGUUUUCCUCGGGUUCUUACCACUGGCUCAUGUCUUUGAGCUUUUGGUUGAGUGUGUCGCUUUAUUAUCCGGAGUACCGAUCGGUUACAGUUCCCCUCUGACAAUGAUCGAUUCCAGCAGUAAAAUUCAACGAGGAUGCAAAGGUGAUGCAUCUAUAUUACGUCCUACAUGCAUAACUGCCGUGCCACUUAUACUUGACCGUAUAUCGAAGGGAAUAAAUGAAAAAGUAAAGAAGAAGGGGCCAUUUAGUCAGGCGAUAUUUAAAUUUGCUUAUGAAUACAAACUAAAGUGGACAAAACGAGGCUUUGAGACACCUUUCUUUGAUCGAUUAAUAUUUAGCUCAGCUAAGCAAGUUCUUGGCGGGCGAAUGAGAUUCAUACUGUCAGGCGGUGCUCCACUUACUCCAGAAACGCAUACUCAAGUUAAAAUUUGCCUCUGCACCGCUGUACUUCAAGGAUACGGUCUAACAGAAACUUGCUCAUCAGUCAGCGUUAUGGACUAUUACGAUCGUACCACUGGAAGAGUUGGUGCACCAGAAAUUGGUUGUGAUGUGAGGCUAGAAAAUUGGGAAGAAGGUUCAUACAGAGUUACUGACACUCCUAAUCCACGUGGAGAAAUAAUUAUUGGAGGAGAUAACGUUUCUCAGGGAUAUUACAAAAUACCAGAAAAAACUAAGGAAGACUUUUUUGAAAAAGAUGGUAAACGGUGGUUCAGAACUGGCGAUAUUGGUGAAAUUUAUCCCGAUGGUUGUCUUAAAAUUAUUGACCGUAAGAAAGAUUUGGUUAAAUUACAACAUGGUGAAUAUGUAUCACUUGGAAGAGUCGAGUCGGAAUUAAAAACUUGCCGGCUAAUUGAAAAUAUUUGUGUAUAUGGUGAUAGUCAUAAGUCUUACACAGUGGCGUUGGUUGUACCUCAUACGCUACAUUUACAAGAAAUAGCUGAUCUUCUUGGUAUACAGGGUAGUUUUGAACAGCUUUGUGAGAAUCCACAAAUAGAAAAAGCUGUUUUACAAGAACUGAUUGAGCAUGCCAAGAAAUCAAAUCUUCAGAGAUUCGAAAUACCCGGAGCUGUCAAAUUAUGUGCUGAACAAUGGUCGCCAGACAUGGGUCUCGUUACAGCAGCAUUUAAAGUUAAGAGGAAAGCUGUACAAGAACGCUAUCAACAUGAAAUAAAUCGAAUGUAUGCAUCGUGAUGUUCUGAGCUUUUUAUCUUUAUUAAGAAUUAAAUUCUAAGAACAAAGAAAAUCUUUGUACGAAGAGGAAACAGAUAAAGAAGAGAAAGUGAAGAAAUAAAACUAAAUUGUAAUUUUAUCAAAUGAAAAUAAUUAUUGAGAAUUUUGUCUUUCGAAAAUGCAAACAGAAUAUUUAUAUUAAGGUGCUAUGAUAAUAUAUGAAGUGGAUGACAUAUUACAAACCAAAAUACUAUGAGGUUUAUGUGUAUUUAUUAACAAAACCUCAUUUUAUUUAUGUACAAUCAUCAAAAGUAAUUAUUACUUUUUUAAUUGAAACCCAGUUUUUUUUUUUCGUAACGCACAGUUUGUAAUGCUAAAUACCUCGUUAAAUGAGCAGAACAUUGUUUUUUUUUAAAACAAAUUAUUUAAGUCUUCCGCGUUAUUGAUCGUACAAAUCAAUAAUAGAGUAUUGAUUUUUUUUGGACAUUUUUGUUUGAGAUUUUUAAAUCUGCUUAUACAAUGACAUCAUUUUGAUUUGCUUCAUGAGAGUAGUAAUAACUAAAAAAAAAAAAAAAUUUAUUGGUAUUUAUUUUAAGAAUGGAUUGAAAAAAAAAAGUAAUAACAACAAAAGCUGUAAUUGUACUAUAUAAAUAAAUAUAGUUGAAAUUAAAUAUAGAAAAAAAAAAUUUUGUGAUAAUUUUAAGGAUAAUUAUCAACGUUACAUAGUCAAAAAGAGAUUAAAAACAAACUUAAACAAGUAUCAUGUGAAAAAUAAUAAAUUAAUGUCAUUUAAAAAAGAAAUAGUAAAGGUCGAUCUAAGGAAAUUCUUUUUCUAAGUUUUAUAAUGAGAUUUACAUGAUAAUUUAUUUCAUAGUUCUUGUUUAUUCCCAAAAAUUUUUUUCGUUUCAUAUGCAAAUUAAUGUAGGCAAUAUAGACCGGGGGUUUUUUUUGUUGAAAAAAAAAAACCCCAAGAUGACGAUUAAAGUGAAUUAAAUUAUUCAAAUUUAUUUUAUAGUAAAAUAAUUGUUAAUAUUUAUUAGCCUUGAAGUAAUUAAAAUAAAAAAAUGUAAUUCGUUAGUAUUUUUUAGACGUUAAUAAUUUAUGAAAAAAAAAAAAAAUAUCAAGAGCGUUUGUAAUGUGAACUGUAAUUUAAAAUAAUACUAACAUACAAGGAAAAAAUGUAAUUACAAAAGUACAAAUUGGUUUCUGACGCAGAAGAAAUCAAGAAAUUAUUUUUUUUUAUUUUAUUCGAAACAAGUUGAUUAAAAAACUAUUACUUUUUUCUGUUAAUUUAUGAUACUUACAAAGUAACAAUAAUCAGUUCUUAAUUAUACGAUACGUCGAUACGUAAUAUGAAAAUUACAUGGUAAUCUUUAUAAGUGUCUAUAUAUUGAUAUAUAAAAAGUUGUUACAAAAUUGUGUCAUCCAUUGAAUAUAAAAAUUAUUAUAAAUAUAUAUUUUUCUGUUCAACUAGAGUUACAAAAGAAUACUUGUAAUGAUAGUAAGUAAUAAGUAAUCAAUAAUAAUUAUUAAAAAUAAUAAUAAUCGUGGAUGCUAUUUAUUAAGUAGCGGUAAAUAAAGAUACUCAACAAAUGGUAUCAAUAGUUUUAUUAAACGUGUUUAAUAAUUAAACAGGAUGAACUAUAAAACCAUUAAAUAAAAAAAUAGACAAAAUAAAUCGGUACUAAUUACAAUUACUCACAAGCAUUGUAUAUUACACGCUAAAAAAAUGAAUAACAAAGAAAAAAAAAAAAAAAACAAGUAAUUAAUUUUUUAAAUGUGUCUCAUUUAAACGUUAGAGUUACUAUAUAUGUAUAUUUAAGAUUAAUUGUACAGAUGAUGUA